AUGAAAUAUUAUUAUUAUUUUUUAAUUCUUCUCCUAAUAUUUCCUUUUAAUCAAGGAAGAAGAUUAAGAAAUAAUGGAAAAGUUAGAUCAUUAAUUAAUUCUUCUUCAACACCAUCUUAUCAUUCUAACGAUGAUAAUAAUUUAUUUAUUGAUACUAAUUCUAAUGGUGAAGAAGAUAUUUUUACAGAACCACCAUGGACAGAUAAACAAAUAAUAGAAGAAAUUCUUAAACGUUAUCGUUUCCCGGAUUCAUCUUCAAAUAUUUCUGUUGCAGUUUUUGUAGUUAUAGAUAAAUUUUUACCAUCUUCACCAGAUGUUUGUUCAUUACAAUUAAAAAUUAAACAAAAAUGGCUUGAAAAUAGAUUAUCUUAUAGAAAUUUUAGAGAUUCUAUACAUCCAAUUAAAUUCAGAAGUUUAAAUUAUAUCUGGUCACCAUCAUUAAAUAUAGAUAAUGCUAUAUCAAUGACUGGACUUGGUAAAGAAGAUAUUAAAGUUUAUUCUAAUGGUAUGGUAGAGUAUGAACAAAAAUAUCAAAUAACUGUUGAUACAUAUGGUAGUUUAAUUAAUUAUCCUUUUGAUAUAAAAAAUUGUUCUAUAUAUUUUUCAAAUGAUGAUAGUAGAGCAUCAUGGUCAUAUCUAUCAAAUGCUGAUGUUGGUGGAGCAAAUAUAAGAAUGAUAAGUGGUUGGCAAGCUGUAUCAUGGAGUCGUGGACAUCAUUCAUUAUUAAUAACUAUAAAAAGGAAUGUACAAAGUUUGAUAUUUAAUUAUUUUAUACCAACAAUGUUAUUAUCUAUUAUUAGUAUUAUUCCUUUAUUUUUUUCACCAUUUUCAAAAUUUAAUAGAAUAAUAUUUGGUAGUAUCAUUUUUUUGACAACAUUUUUUUUAACUUUAUAUCAUUUUGGUUCAAUACCAAAUACAUUUUACUUAAAAGCUAUUGAAAUUUGGGCAUUAUUUACAAAUAUUUUUACAUUUGGUGCUUUGACAGAAUCUAUUUUCAUAACAAAUUGUGCUUUCCAAAGAAUCUUACGCCCACCUACACUUAAAGCAAAUCGUUCAAAUUAUUAUGAAGAAAAUGAUGAGAGGACAAAAUGGAUUAAUGAAGCACCUUAUUAUUCUCAGAUGACUGAAUCUAAACCACGAUCUAUAGUAACAUUAUUAGAUUGUUUAUUUAGAUUUAUUCUUUUAAUAUCAUUAAUUUCAUUUAUUAUGUACUUUUUUUUAAGAUUUUAUAUUCCAUAUUGGGAUUAUAAAUAA